CGUUUGACAGCAGGGAAAGUUUGUUGGGGAGUCUCCGACACCGUGUGUGUUUCAGUCUCUGAAUCUUUUGGGCUUCAUUUCGACCGGGUCCCUCUGUAUUUCCCCCUUAACGAUGGAAUAAGAAAGAACCAUGGUGGUGAAUUCGGUGCACUGGUUUCGCAAAGGUUUGCGGCUGCACGAUAAUCCGGCGUUGCAGGAGGCCCUCAAUGGAGCGGACACGGUGCGCUGUGUUUAUAUCCUGGACCCGUGGUUUGCUGGCGCCGCCAACGUAGGAAUCAACCGAUGGAGGUUUCUGCUGGAGGCGCUGGAGGACCUGGACAACAGUCUGAAGAAGCUCAACUCCAGACUGUUUGUAAUCAGAGGGCAGCCCACUGAUGUUUUCCCAAGGCUUUUUAAGGAGUGGAAAGUGACCAGGUUAACGUUUGAAUAUGACCCAGAGCCUUAUGGGAAGGAGAGGGAUGGCGCCAUCAUCAAGAUGGCCCAAGAGUUUGGAGUGGAGACCAUUGUCAGAAACUCACACACCCUCUACAAUCUGGAUAGGAUUAUAGAGAUGAACAACAACAACCCUCCUCUGACAUUUAAGCGGUUUCAGACCAUUGUGAGCCGACUGGAGUUGCCCAGGAGACCCCUGCCUCCCAUCACCAGGCAGCAGAUGGACAAAUGUCAGACUAAAAUAGCCGACAACCACGACCAGCUAUACAGUAUACCUUCACUGGAAGAACUAGGUUUCAGGACGGAGGGUUUACCUCCAGCUGUGUGGCGGGGAGGAGAAUCAGAAGCCUUGGAUAGGCUCAACAAACAUCUGGACAAGAAGGUGUGGGUGGCCAACUUCGAACACCCUCGGGUCAACACAUGCUCUCUGUACGCCAGUCCUACCGGCCUCAGCCCCUACCUGCGCUUUGGCUGUCUGUCCUGUAGGGUUUUGUACUACAACCUCAGAGAGCUCUACAUGAAGCUCCGUAAGCGCUGCAGUCCUCCUCUGUCCCUGUUUGGCCAGUUGUUAUGGAGGGAGUUCUUCUACACAGCUGCCACCAACAACCCAAACUUCGACCGCAUGGAGGGAAACCCCAUCUGUGUUCAGAUCCCAUGGGACCAGAAUCCAGAGGCACUGGCCAAGUGGGCUGAGGGUCGGACUGGUUUUCCCUGGAUCGACGCCAUCAUGACCCAGCUGAGACAGGAGGGCUGGAUCCACCACUUGGCCCGACACGCCGUGGCCUGUUUCCUCACCAGGGGAGACCUGUGGAUCAGCUGGGAGAGCGGCAUGAAGGUGUUUGAGGAGCUGCUCCUGGAUGCAGACUGGAGUGUAAAUGCAGGCAGCUGGAUGUGGCUGUCCUGCAGUGCCUUCUUUCAGCAGUUCUUCCACUGCUACUGUCCUGUCGGCUUUGGAAGGAGAACUGACCCAUCAGGAGACUACAUCAGGCGUUACAUCCCCAUUUUGAAGGAUUAUCCGAACCGGUACAUCUACGAGCCAUGGAACGCCCCGGAGUCGGUCCAGAAGGCAGCCAACUGUGUGGUCGGGGUGGAUUAUCCCAAACCCAUGAUCAACCACGCAGAGGGCAGCAGGCUCAACAUCGAGAGGAUGAAACAAGUUUACCAGCAACUCUCCCAUUACAGAGGACUCAGUUUACUGGCAUCAGUACCAACGAUCCAGGAGGAGGCUGAGCCGCCAAUGACUGAUGAGUCCCAGACCAGCAGUGGCCCAGAUUCUCCUCCCAGAGAUCCUGUUGACAGUGAAGCAGCUGGCUGCUCUACAGCUCCUGACUCGUCCACAGUCUGUACAUCAGCCACCUACGCCCCUCAUCCAGCCCCGGGGGACACACCGAACAGUCACCCACCGCUGGCACCGCCCUGCACCUCUUCAAUCUCUCACACGCAGCCCUCUGCGGCCGUAACAUCUACAUCUGCCAGCCACCCCCCGUCCGCGGCAGCUGCUUCCUCCCCAGCUUCGACACCGAUCCAGAGCCCCCUGUCAAGGUCAAAACCUUCCUCCCCUUCCUCUUCUUGUCCCACCUUGUCCCCAUCCCCCAGUCCGGCCGCGACCCCGGCUCAGACUUUUCCGAAGAGGAAGGGCCUCGGCCGCAAGGUGCGUCGCAGCCAGAGGCAGCGAGGGCGACAGAGCGGCACUCCGUCGGGCAGGGAGGGAGAGAGGAGAGCAGAGGAGGAGGAGAGGGAGGAAACAAGAGGGGAGGAGAGGAUGGAGGAGGAUGUUGAGCAGGAUGAGGAGAGAAUGGAAGAGGAGACGUCUGGAGAAACAGCAGGACAUCAGCAGCAUGAAGGCACAUGGUGGAGUUAAAGAGCUCAGUCUUCAAACAAUUCAUGCCGGACAACUGGACACAUAAAGACACGCGAGGAACAGUGUAAUGGACACGUGGACGACAUACAUAUAUGCACAAACAUAUGUACAACACAAAGUGGAAGCAGUACAAAAGCAUCUUACUCACAGUUACUCCAGUUAGAAAAAAAAAAGGAAAUAUUUUCUAUGCAAGCGCUUAAUAAUAAGUCAUCUAAAAAACAUGCGUCAUUUUAACUUCUUAGAACAGAAUCAGAUUAAAAACAAAUUCUUAUUUGAGGAAAUUAAGGUUAUAAUCCUAAAAAAAAGUAUUUAAGAUGAGUAAUGAGUAAUCUUCUCUUGUACAGUUCCAUCUCUGAGACACUCACAGCUCACGAGGAGAAACGUAGAUGCAGAUCUUAGACAUAUCCAGGUUGAACCCAUACACCGUAGUGCGGCUGUCCGCAGUAGAACCUCUCUGCUCGUCCUACGGCUUCUACAGAUGUCCUCUUCUUAGACAAAAGGUAGUUCAGGAGUCUGACACACUGUCCUGCCUCAGCACCAGAACCUCUCUCUGCUCUGCCGUUCUAUGUUCUGGGGAGGAAAAGUGAUUCAGAGUCAUCUGAUAGUGUUGUGUAUUUUCACAUUUAGCAGUAAUGAUUUUGCAGGAAUUGUGGUUCAUGAGGUUUUAUGAGUGGUGGGUAACAACAGAGUCCCAGAGUGACAGUCAGAGCCAGGUCAUCCUGGGUCCAGGUCUGUUCCUCUUACGUAGAGAGGCUGGCAGGAACACUGCUUCAGACAGAUCUACUCACCUGCAGUGAGACGUAUGAAAACAUCUUUUUAGGUUGUUUGCAUUAAGGAGGAGGCACUGAUUUCUGUUCAGCACAGUGAUGGAGAAAGCUGACGUCUGAAAAAGGAAAUGGAGGGUAUUUCUGUUCAUGUGACCCUGAUGAUUUCAUUCAGGACAUUUCCCUGGUUUUACAACAUGAAAACAAAAACACCAGAGAACACUAUUAAAACUACAUAAACUACAUGUUAAUAUGUAAAUGCACAACAUGAAUGUUUUGGAAAAUAUCUGGUGUUUUUUGUUUUGUUUUUGUUUUUUUCUUCUUUUUU